ACAGUGUUGAAAGAGAAAAAUGAGAGAAGGAAUGAGGGAAAAAGACUGCUGACAUUGACAGUGAGCCACUACUACACCUUUCAGAAUAUUGUAAUAAUAAUAACAACAGUAAUACACUCACGUAUUCCUUCCAUCUCUCUCUCUCUCUCACCCGUCCAGUCAUCCUUUCUCUCUCAUUCAAUCACUAUUUCUCCUUCUCUCUAUUCUAUUUCUCUCACAUUGUUCUCGCUCUCUCUCUCCUCUUUCUUUUCCACUAUCGCUCAUUUCAAACAUCGCUGUAUUAUCGCCAACAACAAACCAUUAUUAUCAGUUAUACUGAUAAACUUGUGAUUAUUAAUUCCCAUGUAACUGCCUAAACAAACCCUCAUUUUCCCUUCUUUCGUGACAUACAAGGUGUAUAUAUUUAUAUAUAUACACACACAAAUACAUUUAUAUAUGUAUAUACCUAUUUAUACAUCAUCACUUAUCCAUGUGCAUUCGUUAAAAGGGUGCCUCGGGCCACCCUUUUAACUGAGUUCGUAAGCUCAUUCAAAUGACAAAGCGCUUCGUUCGAAAGGAUUUAUUUAAGCAGGCAUAUUUAAAAACCAAUCUGGGAAGCCGGAAAGCUGGAAACCCCUCAGUUUAAGGUGUGUUUCCUUAUCUUCGACCACAGCGAUUUGUUAUGGAAAAUAGAGUGAAUUACGAAUAUCUUCUUGGGCAAUACAGUACAAAAUUUGACACUGAAAUCUGGCAUGGCCGUACACACACUGAGGUUCCUUUGGUGCGACUGGCUGAGUUUUCCGAGGAAUUAUUUGCAAGUUAUUCUGGACCCGACUUAGGACUAGCAUGUGAGGAAGUUAAAAAUUGCAAUGACAACUUCCACAAAGUCGCCGGGGCACAGUCAUGGAACAAAAAAGACCAAAGAGCUUACGGUUUGUGCAUCUCGUUAUACGACCAACACCCGAUUUAUGGGAAGAUGUCUGGUGAUCCAAUUGCCGAUGCUUUUGCAAUUUGUUGCCGAAAAAAUAAUGCCAUUAUGCUCAUCGCCGACGGUGUGAAUUGGGGUGAGAAGUCUCGCCUGGCUGCCCGCUGUGCCCUAUAUGGCAGCAUGGAGUAUAUUAAUCGUAAGCUGUUUCAAGAAAAAACCCAGCCAGCUAGUACACAGGAAGCAUUGGAAAUAUUACGUACAUCUAUGGAUGCUGCUCACAGAACCAUCUUAAAGAAAGAAGGGGGCUUGACGACAUUAUGCGUCUGCCUCAUUUGUCCAGUCUACAAUUCUGCUGAUUUUGCUGUAUGUUGUGUUAAUGUUGGAGACAGUUUUGCCUACGUUUUCAGCAAAAACAAUGGAAUUCGAGAAAUCACAGUUGGUUCUCAUGAUGUAGCAUCUGAACGUGAUAUCCGUGAUGCUGGGGGAGCAAUUGGUCCUGUUGAUGGAGAAAACCCGGAAUUACAAAAUCUCACCUGCUCUUUGACUUUUGUGAAUAAAGGUGAUGUGGUUUUCCUCACAACUGACGGGAUCUCAGACAACUUUGACCCUGUUGUCACCAAAGUUGCAAUUCCACGGAAGAACACUGAUAACAACUCUAAUGAUGCUCUGCCAACGACCCCUGAUACUUUUGAAGAUAAACCUAUGAUGGAACCACAAGAACGACAUAUCUAUGCACUAAAAGAAAUGGAACGAAUAAUUCAUGAACAUGAACUAUUAACUGAAGAGACAUGUUCUGCCCAGGAACUCUGUGGAGCCCUUGUGCAGCAUGUAUUAACUUUGACUGAUUCCAAAAGAAAAAUUCUUGAAAAUCCAGAGUUAUAUAGAAAGAAAAAAAUGACUUCGAAGGAGCGUAAGCGUAGAGACUCACAAAUUGUUGAACAGAUGUCUAAGGCUCCUGGCAAACUUGACCAUGCUUCAAUUGUUGCCUAUGAAGUGGGCAUUUGUGGUGAAGAUGAGGAGGAAGAGGAAAUUGUGCUCAUUAAGGAGAGCAAUUCCGUUAAGGUCAGUACUCCAAACAUUGACUGUUCCGAAUCUUCAUCAUCUUCCAAUCAUGAGAAAGAUCUUUUUCAUCCAAACUCCAUUUCCAUCCCAGUUUUUAAAAAAUCUAACCCUAAAAAAUUCUUCUCCAAACUUCGCAAUUCUGCUGCCACUCCCACAUCCCCUGUUUCCCCACUCACAUUCUCAUUGCCGUUUCUUCAUAAGAAAAACUCUUCCAAACAUUUUCACUCUGUAGAGGAAUCUGAAGCCAAAACACCAGUCUCUCCUACUUCUCCAAAUCUACCGUACCCCAACAACCAGCCUUUCUACUAUCAAACGUUCUCUUACGAAUCAGCCGUAUGAUCUAACAAGCCUUUCUAAUUCCUCUUAAUUUCUGCUGCUGCUGCUGCUGCCCUUUACUUCCUCAUCUUUUCUUUAACUGCAACUUUUAACUUUAUUAACUGCUAGACUAUUUGGUUGCGAGAAGCAGAGCUUACAUGUGCAGUCAGGGAAUGCAGUGUGUGUUUGUUUACUUGUGCUGUGUACAUAAUCAUGGAUAAGAUAAUAUAAACAGGAGUGCAUGUGUGUUUUGUUUAUUUUCCAAAAGAAAUACACCAAACUAAAGUGAAAUAAUGGCCUUUUUUUUUUGUUUUGAGAAGGAAAAUAAAAUGAAAUAACAACAAUAUAAACAAAACCAAAACAGCAACAACAAAAUUCUUUAAACUAUUCUUGCCAAAUUUAUGUUUGACUGUUUCUAGCCAUAAGAUAAAGGUAAGUUUUGACAUAUGUUUGUCAUCUGGAGUUGAAUUUAGAAUAAAACAAUAAUACGCAUACACUGAAACAAUUUUCAUGUUGACCUCUCUGCAGUCCUACUUUUAAAUUUCAAAUUAUUUUUCAAUUGAAAUUAAUAGAACUAUAUUUCUUAUAAGAAGUACAUUUUAAACAUUUUAAAGUGAUCGUAAUUUUAAAAAAUAAACUAAAUAUUUUAGUUCUAAACUAACCUGAGCUUAAAGAAAAAAC